AUGACGUUAGCAGAGGACCCCAACAACCAUGUCGGGAACAUAUUCAGCAGUGAUCUUCCCAUAAUAAUCAAAGAACAACCUCAUUCUACUCCAGCGUACACCAGGACAUGCUUGGGGCGAGCACGGUUGUUGUCCUGGCCCGAUCUUGCAGUUAUCGCACAGUUUCCAAUUCCACAGCACUACAACAAGAUUUUGAAGAUCCUGGUCGGAUAUGGGGGAUCAAGAAAUCCCAGCCAUGGAUCAAAUUCCGAUCGUCAGUAUGGUCUCGAUGAUCAAUUGACCAUCCCUCGUUCAAAUCCUCGCCUUCCUCCCACCCCUCAACUUGCCACUUCCAACGAUCCUGUAACGCAACAGGCCCCAAUCCGACCUAUUGCAAAACCGAUUGACGAACAGACUGCGAGGCGUGCCAGUGACGUGAUCGAACAACUAAGCAGCCUUUUGGCAGAAUGUAUGCUCAAGUCGAAAAAGAGGAAAUACUUGUCUCGGUCAAAACGACAAUUGCCUGCCAUGUCGAUAAGACCAGUCAUGCUUGGAACAUCUAUCGAUAAUGCAAAAGUGGCCUUAGUCAUCUUCUGCUCCGAUGAGGAUGGUGCGCAUGAUACAAUUCGAAAAUUCUUGCGCAAGUCGUACGUCAAGGACCUCUACCAGCCUAGCGACAGUGGAAUGUGUUCGUUUGAUGUGCAUAUCUUCGGUGCAUCACCAAGCACGCGAGGUGAUGUUGAACCUAGCAUCCAAAACACGGAAGGAGUUGUCGAAUUUGGCAUCCCAAACACCGAAACACUUACUUAUACUCACUGUGGAAUGCCAAUUCACAUCACUACUCACGGCUUCAGCCAAGAGAUCGCUGUAGCAACUAUGGGUGGUCUCUUGCAAUUCGAUGCGCCACGGUGGAUAGACAGCUCGUAUCGAGUCUAUGGGUUGACUGUUGCCCAUGCGAUAUACCCCGAGACAAAUAGCGAUACUAACGACGACGACGACGACGAAUUCUCUAUGUCCGAUAACGACAGUGAUGACAGUUCUUUCGACGGCUCUUCUGAAAGCCAUUCUUCAUAUCCAACCUCACCUGUUCAAGUUGACUGGGGCGUAUCAUUUGAAACAGAUGAAAAGGCGAGGCCAGUUUCUCUACUUGCAAUAGGUUCUGUCUUUGCACAACCUAUAGCAUACUCAUCUCUGAGUAACAAUGGAGCUUUCAGAGACUGGGCAUUAUUCAAAUUUCCGACGUGGGAGAUCCCAUUAAAACCAAACAUGCUGGUGACCGAAGGAAAGCCCCAAGCUCUGCUCAAGAUGUCCUAUUCUUUACUCGAUUAUUCGGCAUAUCGACCUGUAUACAUCAUCGCAGGUGUCUCUGGAGUGAAAGAAGCAACUAUCUCCAUUGGUUUGAGCCAAAUACUGCUUCAACCUGGGACCCAGUUUGUGAGAGCAUACACAGUGGAGCAUAGUCAAAACGGAGACAUAGUGCCUGGGGAUUCUGGAUCCUGGGUAGUUGACGCGUCGACUAUGGAAGUUUACGGCCACCUCGUUGCGACAGACAUACUCUCAUGUAGUUAUGUUAUUCCUUUGGUUGAUAUCAUUGAGGAUAUCAAUAUUCAAACCUCUUUGCUUCAGAGAAACCAACAUCCUAUGACAAAACAAAUUUCAGUUCCAACUGGAAUGAAUCUGAGUUGGACUUUCCCAAGUUAG